UCUCAUUGUCCGCAAGUGUGUAAGGCCCAAAACGUUUUUACAGUGCGUAUCUUUCACAAACAUCUGACGAGCUGCGUGCACUUUUGUUGCACGUUAUUUGUUUGAUUGUGCACAAUUUUCAUGAACUUUGCGAUUUUAGCACACGUAUCGCAAUUGUCAUCUGUGAUCUGUCAGUUUCUGUAGACAUUUAACCACGCACACGUCCAUACGCUAUUCUUCGUGCCUCUAAGUCUCGACAUUUCUGUCGACAACUGCAUUUCUAUCUGAACGGGCGUCGUACAAUUGCCAUAUUAAACAGUACACUUGCACUGAAGACUCUAAAACCAUCCAUCAAACUGCAUGUUCUGCCCUUUGGCAACUUAGACUACACAAUUUUUCAUAGGAAACUGUAAAAAAGUUGCAGUAGAUGUGAAGCUGCGUAGCUUAUAGUAAAAGGUAUUUAGCACGCUUUGUAUUCCAUUCUCGUCUCAUUGAUUGUUUUGUUCCUAAAGGUUUUCUUUUUUUGUUUUCGAGCUAAGCAUUUAUGUGUUAACUGGAUUACUGGCCGUUACCCGCCAUUUGCUAUUGUUGUGCUUGCGGAUUACUAAUCGCAGGUAAGCAGAAACCAUGUUUAACUUGGAUGAAGUUUUGCGCUUUUAUGCCGAGUUUCUGCAACAAUGGUUGCAUGAAAACUGGCCAGAAAAGGCAGAAGGGCUGUUUUCUCUCGAUGCAAUUGCCAAUCUGUACGGGAAACAAAAGCUCAUUCGUGAAUACCGGGAAGCUAACGCCAUACAGAGCGGUGGAUCAAGGGGACUGGAAUCCACAGACUGGACAAAGUACUUUACUCUGGAAAAGAUCAACGAAAAGCAAACAAAGAAAUUUUCAAUAUUGGAAAUCACGUAUCGCGUUAAAAUCGAAAACCUCAAUAUGAAAUUCGAUCCUGUCACCUCAAUGGAAGCAAUGCCCAAAGUGUUCGAAGCUAUAUUCAGUGUCAUUACGAAAGAAUUCGGACCAGACGACAGAAUCGUCAUCCUUCUCUCCAGUCAUACACUCAACCGCAAAGCUGAUCUUCAUAUGAAAAGGUUACAAGAUUUCAAGAUUGACGACCUUAUGGAUAUGAUGGUCAUGAUUAAUUCAAGCAACUCAUUCUGCAUCGACGAAAGUUUUCAAAUUACAAUUGUUCGGACCGUAAUACCGGCUGGUGGAAGAAGAAGAAAACAUAUCCAUACUACGGUUGACCGAAAACGAUUCAGCUCGUCUAUUGUUACAGUGACAACAGGAAACAACCUUUGCUUACCUGCAGCAUUGGCGCUCGGUCAUUUCAGAAACACUCAUGAUGUCAGCGGCAAAGACAAGAUGAAAUGGAAAGCUUUAACUAAUCCUAGAGGGCGUAAGUUGGAAAAACUCGCGUGUCAGUUGGUCCAAGAUGCGGGUCUCACUAUUGGAAAAAUGUUUGGGUUGGAAGAUUUGCCGGCUUUUCAACGCGUUUUAAAGUGUCAAGUCAAGGUUAUUUCUGUGCAGGAAGGAAACACUCUUAUCGCUCAAGUGCCGGAGAAGAAGAAACCGGGAAUGAAGCAGAUUUACUUAAUGUACGAUAAAAAUCAUUUCGAUCUGAUAACUAAACCAUCUGGAUACCACAUGCAGAGUUAUUAUUGCACAAACUGCGAUCAAGGAUACGGCCGAAAGACAGAUCAUCGCUGUGAACAGAGAUGCAACAUGUGUUAUCGCAGUAAAAGCGAUUGCAAGGCCAGUGACCCAAAGUUAUGCCCCGAUUGUGGACGAACUUUCACCAACAAAGAGUGCUUUGAUGUGCACAAGACUUUACGAAAAAAUGGAAGGACGCUUUGCGAGGAUCUUUUCAUCUGCUCCAAGUGCAACAAGUUUGUGAAUAUGCUCAAUCGCCCGGAUCAGGUUCAUAACUGUGACGAAAUAGUUCUGUUCAAGCGUUGAGUCAGCACCGAUUCCAGCAGCGGCAUCAACUGGACAUGAAGCGGUCGAUCAAGGUACAUGCGGAAUGAAUAUUGUGGAUCCAGUUCCAAUGUUUUUGACCAAUGCAGUUUACCGACGGCGGCAUAUAAAUUUUCGAAUCUUGAGGGCAUGUGGUACCGGUCUCCAUAUUUCUGCUCUUUCAGGGAAUUUAAGUUCAGC